AUGAAAAACAUUUGGAAAUGGAUUGUGGUGAUGCUCAAACAACAUGGAUGUGGUGAGAGACCCAUUUUUGAGGAAGGAGUUAAGUAUUCCAGAAUCAUAGAGGGGGUGGAGGCUGGGAUUGGUGAGUUUCCAUGGCUGGUGAGUAUUCAGGCAGGAAAUCAACAUUUCUGUGGUGGUGCAAUCCUGAACAAGUGGUGGAUUCUAACUGCUGCUCAUUGCUUUCAUUAUGAGGAACUAUCGUUGACAGCCCCAGCAGAACCAGUCCCAAAGGUGCCUAGAACUAUAUGCGAUUUAGGAUUUUCUGGAAUAGCAAAUUCUUCCCACUUUGUGACUUUCCCUUUCCUCCCAUGCCCAAUCUUUACCAUUAGUCCAGUAGAACUGAGUGUUGUGGCGGGGACCAACGACUUAACCAAUCCAUAUAAGGAAAUCAAGGGGGUCACGAAAAUAAUUCUUCACAAGGAUUUUAAAAAAGUCAACAUGGACAAUGAUGUCGCCUUGCUCCUGGUGGAUUCACCCAUCACCUUCAGUGACCAGAAAAUACCCAUCUGCUUGCCCAGGCAACCCAUCCCCUCCACCUGGCAUCAAUGCUUGGUGGCAGGAUGGGGACAGACCAACACUGAUGACAAAAAUUCUAUGACAACUGACCUGAUGAAAGUGCCAAUGAUCAUCAUGGAUUGGGAGGAAUGUUCAAAGAAGUUUCCAAAACUUACCAAAAAUAUGCUGUGUGCUGGAUACAAGAAUGAGAGCUAUGAUGCCUGCCAGGGUGACAGUGGGGGGCCUCUAGUCUGUACCCCAGGGCCUGGCAAGAAGUGGUACCAGGUAGGCAUCAUCAGCUGGGGAAAGAGCUGUGGACAUAAGAACAUUCCAGGAAUAUACACUUGGUUAGUUAAAUACGACCUCUGGAUCAAGAACGUGACUGAAAUGGAAGGAAGGCCCUUUAUUGCUGAGGAAAUGAGAGCCCCUCCCAAACAGAAACUAAGGAGUUCUCAGGCCUCAGAAUUCUCAGAGCCAAGCAGCCCCAAAUUCUGGCUCCUGCUCUGCCUUCUGCCCUACAUGCUGUUCUGGCCCAUUUUUAACUGUUAA